AUGUGGCCGAUGCUUACCAGCGACAACUACACCGAGUGGGCGAUGCUGAUGCAGUGCAACUACGAAGCAUUGGAGAUCUGGGGGGUGAUCGACCCGGGUACCGAUCCGAAGCGUGCACAAGAUCGUCAAGCCAUGAGCGCGCUCUUGCGUUCUGUCCCAAAGGAGAUGUGGCAGUCGUUGGGGAGGAAGAAGACGGUGAAGGAGGCGUGGGAGGCGACUCUGGGAGAGACGAUCGACGAUGUCCGCGUCGUCAAGAAGUUUUUGCGCGUGGUGCCGCCACGGUUCACCCAAGUGGUGGUGUCCAUAGACAUGUUUUGUAAUCUCAAGGAGUUGACAGUGGAGGAGUUGGUUGGGCGACUACGGGCGGCUGAAGAGAGGUUUGACGACAAAGUAGAACAAAUCGUCGACAAGGCUGGCCGUCUUCUCCUCGCCGAGGAUGACUGGCUUGAGAAACAUAAGCACCGCUUCCACCCAGGGCCCAAGCAAGGUGGAGGUAAAUUUGGCUCCGGGUCUUCAAAGGGCAAGGCGGCGGCGCGCCCAGACGGUGGUGCCCCGGAUCAGGUCAAACUGACCUCCAUGGGCACGCCAAGGAGGAAAGGCCGGUGCCGCAAUUGUGGCAUUUACGGUCACUGGGUGGAAGACUGCAAACGCCCGAAGAAGGAGAAGAAGGAGGCAGCACAGUCGGAGGCGAACAUCGCUGUCGGCGGAGCUGAACAUGGUGGCCCUCUGCUGCUGGCCACGUGCGAUGUCGUGCACGAGCCGACGCAGAUCGUGCAUCUCAUGGAGAAGGUGAUUCCCAUCGACGUUCCUGAUGGAGUGUGGGUGCUUGACACCGGCGCUAGCAACCAUAUGACCGGGACUCGAUCAGCGCUGACACAGCUCAAUCGAUCUGUUCGCGGCACCGUGCGUUUUGGUGAUGGCUCCCGUGUCGAAAUUGAAGGGACCGGCUCAGUGGUGAUUCAAGGUCGCCAUCAACUAUCUCACAAGGUAUUAACUGACGUUUAUUACAUUGCUAAGUUGAGAAGUAAUAUAGUCAGUUUGGGGCAAUUAGAAGAGAAAGGUUUCAAAGUGGUUCUGGAGAAUGGCAAGAUAUGUGUGUAUGAUCAAGGACGUGCUUUGUUGAUUUCUGCUCCUAGAACCACUAACAGGUUCUAUACUGUCAAGUUGAAUCUGACUGAACCAAUAUGUCUGUUAGCAAAGUCUGAAGAGUUAGCUUGGCAUUGGCAUGCUAGAUACGGUCACCUGAACUUUAGAGCUCUAAGAGAUCUGGGCAGUAGAGGGAUGGUUACUGCUGAUGCAGGUGCCCAGCCAGCAACAGAAGAGGAGGGGGAGGCUUCUGUUGGGCAACAGGGUAUUGUGGCUCCUCAUGAAGCAACACCAUCUCCACAAAACUCCCCAGAAUCAGUGCAGACUCCACAUCAGAACCUAGCAACACCAUCGAGCCAGGGGGAUGGCAGUUCAGAGGAAAGAACACCUAGAUACAGAACUCUGAAUGAGCUGUUUGACUCCACUGAAGAAGUUCUUGACUAUGAGUAUAGUGGCUUGUGUAUGUUGGCUGCAGAUGAACCAAAUGGUGUGGAUGAGGCACUAGAAGAACAGUGCUGGAUUGAUGCUAUGAAGUUUGAAUUGCUGUCCAUACAGGAGAAUGAUACUUGGUGCUAUGCAAGCUGCAAUCCUGCUGACACUCCAAUGGAGCAGAAUUGCAAGCUACUCCCUGGGAAGCCUGAUCUUGUGAAAGAUGUUACCAAAUACAGAAGUAUAGUAGGGAGCUUGAGAUAUCUGGUGAACACCAGACCUGACAUUGCUUUUGCAGUUGGGAUGGUGAGCAGGUUCAUGGAGUCUCCCACUUCUGAACAUUGGGCAGCAGUUAAAAGGAUUGUCAGAUAUGUAGCUGGCACUUCUGAAUAUGGUUGCAAGUAUGAAAAGAAGUCCAUUUCAGGCCUGAAACUGUUGGGUUAUUCUGAUAGUGACCAUGCAGGUGACCUUGAGAAGAGGAAAAGCACUACAGGGAUCCUAUUUUUUCUGAAUGAAAAUGUGGUGACUUGGACGUCACAGAAACAAAGGGUUGUUUCACUGUCAAGCUGUGAAGCUGAAUAUAUAGCAGCAGCUGCUGCCGCAUGCCAAGGUGUUUGGUUGAGCAGGCUGAUAGCAGAUCUGACAUGUGAAAAAGUUCAGAAGUUCAAGCUCCUGAUGGAUAGUAAGUCAGCAAUUGAGUUGAGCAAGAAUCCGGUAUAUCAUGAGCGAAGCAAACACAUAGACACACGGUAUCAUUAUAUCAGAGAGUGUGUUAGUAAUGGUGUUGCUGAGGUUCAACACAUUGGCACUGACCGACAGUUAGCAGAUGUUCUGACAAAGCCGUUGGGGAGAGUGAAGUUUAUCGAGAUGCGUCAGAAGCUGGGUGUCAUCGGUGUGUGUCACGAUUAG